GUUUCACCCAUUCCCUGUUCCUCUUUUCUGCGCAAACCCAUUGCCACAUUUGGGUUUGUGUACAAUUUACCAUACCUCAAUAACCUUCUUCACCUGAAAAUUCAGAAGUGAAAAAUGUUUGGGUUUAUGAGGGCAGCGCCAGCGCCAGCACCAGCACCAGCUGAGGCAGAAAAGGAAACAACCCUUACUGCAGAAAAAAGAACUGUUUCAGAACCAGUAGCAGUUCAAAAAAAAAAGGGAAACCCUUUCGAUGAAGAUGAUGAUGAUUGGGUGAAGAAGCCUCCCUCCAAUGUCUCAAAAGACAAAGACAGGUACAAGAAUGGUUUCCGUGACUCUGGGGGGCUAGAGAACCAAAGUGUUCAGGAGCUGGAAAACUAUGCAAUGCACAAGUCUAAGGAGACAACAGACAGUGUCAACAAUUGUUUAAGGAUUGCUGAGGACAUCAGAGAUGAAGCCACAAGGACCCUUGACAUGUUGAACGAGCAGGGUGAGCAGAUAGCCAGGACCCACAACAUGGUUGUUGAUACUGAGAAGGAUUUGAGUAGGGGUGAAAAACUCUUGAACAAUCUUGGGGGCAUGUUCUCCAAACCUUGGAAGCCAAAGAAGACCAAGGCUAUCCAAGGCCCUGUAACCACACCAGAUAAGCCUUCCAAAAAGGAUGUAACCAAUAAGGAAGACAGGGAGAAGUUGGGUUUAGCUCCUUUGCCUAAGGGACGCUCAGCCCCUACCACACCUCCUAAUGAAUCUUCCACUACCUAUGAUAAAUUGGAUUAUGAGAAAGCUAAACAAGACGAUGCACUCUCGGAUCUAAGUGACAUCUUGGGUGAUUUGAAGGGUAUGGCAGUUAACAUGGGAACUGAACUUGACAGGCAAAACAAAGCUCUGGAUAAUCUUAGUGACGAUGUUGAUGAGCUUAACAAUAGAGUCAAAGGAGCGAACCAGCGUGCACGCAAAUUAUUAGCGUGAAGUGACAGAUGAUAGCCUCAAAUUGUUCCUGAGUUGAAGUUAUUCAUUUAUUGUUUGUUAUGCAAUUUUUUCAAAUUUUUCCACAUCACUGUGUUACUGAAAGCAUUUGCCAAAUGAUAGAGAUUUUUUUCCUGUUUGGAAUUGUUGUUUUUUACUUUCCAACAACAGCAAAAAGUUGGCGUAUAUAAAAAUGAAGUAUGAUCUAGUUUGGGUGAAUUAUCUUAACAC